AUGAUUCAAACACAAAGUAGUGCGAUUAAACGGCGUAACUCCGUCCAUAGAAACCUUUUUGACCCAUCGUUGUAUCAGAUACCAGAACCACCACGUGGGAGUUUCCAACAUCAGAAGAAUGAAUAUAGUAGAGAGACAUCUGGUCAUCGCGUUUUUGAAAAAGGUUAUACUAGCUUCAAAAAUAGUUUCAUACAACUGUUUCCUAGCAGUAUACGAGGAUACCUACCUGAAGUCGAUUUGAGAGUCACUAUAAUCUGUUUCAUAUGGUACGUCACAUCCUCUAUCUCAAGUAACCUGUCCAAGACUAUUUUAAGAACUUUUAAUCAUCCAAUAGCCCUCACAGAACUGCAAUUUUUUGUCAGUGGUAUAUUAUGUGUCGGUUUUGCUUCUAUGGUAAACUUAUUUCGACUACCUCGUUUGAAGCAUACGAAGUUUUCGAAGGCACUGAAUAGUUUCCCUGAUGGGAUUCUUCCAGAAUAUUUAGAUGGUGAUUUCCAUAAUUCCAUUCUGCGUAAGUUUUUGGUUCCGUCAAAACUGGUUUUAUUGACUACAUUUCCUAUGGGAAUAUUUCAGUUCGUUGGGCAUAUCACGUCGCAUAAGGCAAUAUCGAUGAUUCCUGUAUCACUAGUACAUUCUGUGAAGGCACUCUCCCCGAUAAUAACCGUUGGAUACUAUAAGUUUUUUGAACAUCGCUAUUACAAUGCCAUGACAUAUUAUACCCUGUUACUUCUAAUUUUUGGCGUUAUGAUUACUUGUUGGUCAACCCAUGGCCGUAAGGGGAUUUCAGACAAAAGGAGUGGCUCUUUAUUUAUUGGGUUACUUUUCGCAUUCAUUUCCAUGAUUAUCUUUGUAACACAGAAUAUUUUUGCCAAAAGUAUCCUAACCAUCAGGAGGAGGGUAGGAAUACUACCUUCCUCGUCUACAGAGGACGUUACAAAGAAGAAGGAGCUAUCCAGUCUGGACAAAACAAGAUACUCGCCAUUGCAAGUAGAUAAGAUUACCAUAUUAUUUUACUGCUCGUGCAUUGGGUUUUCAUUAACCCUAUUCCCUUUUUUAACUGGUGAGCUGGUACAUGGUGGUAGUGUUAUCAAUGAUUUAACAUUAAGAACGAUAUGUCUUGUAGUGAUCCAUGGUAUAGCACAUUUCUUCCAGGCUAUGCUUGCUUUCCAGUUGAUCGGGUUACUGUCUUCCAUUAACUAUUCGGUAGCAAACAUCAUGAAAAGGAUCGUCGUCAUAUCCGUUGCAAUUUUUUGGGAAACAAAUGUAAACUUCACGCAAAUUUUUGGCGUUAUCUUGACAAUUGCCGGGUUGUACGGUUAUGAUCAAUGGGGGCUUUCCAGAAAGGAAGGCACACAAGCAUAA